AUGUCAAAUAUAUACAGCCAUAGACAGAUUGUUCCUGCCUCAACAACUGCUGCAACCCGUAUAGGUGAUUUACUGGAGGCUUUAAAGACUGAAAUUGAAACCCUUCAUCAAGAAUCUACAAUGUAUAAAAUGCAACGUGACGACCUUGAAAAUAAAGUUCAACAACAAACUGAAGAAGUUGCUCAUAUUCGUCAAGGAUUAUACGAUUUACAGGCUACUCAGAAAAAUAUAAAAGCACAAUAUGAUGAUAAUUUACGUGGACUUCAACGUGACUUAGAUACUCAAAGAUUACAUUCCCAUACCUCUACCAGUUCUCAUCCACAACCAUCACAACCAUCACAUCCUCAGCCACCUCCACCAAAUAUUGGUCAAGGCCCAAAUAAUUUAUUUGGCGGAAUCAUGAGUGGUGCUCAGGGUCUUGCUCCUCCUCAGAUGUCUUUAGAUCCUUCACAGCAGCAGCAGCAACCUCCCCUUCCUCCACCACCUCCUGGUCAAACUCCAUCUCACCCAAAUUCUUAUUCGAGCCAAGCUGGCCCUCCUCCACCACCGCCUCAAAAUAUCUCUCAAGGUGCUGGAAAUCCUGCUCCUUCUCCUUAUCUAAAUGGUAGCGGUCCAAGCCCUUUAUCUCAACAAUCACAACAUUCUUCUAAACGUCAACGAAUAGAAGACGGUGGCGGUCCUCCUGGUCCUCCAAACCCUUUAGGAAUGCCUGUUAAUAAUCAACAGCAACCUUCUGGUAUAUACAGUAAUAAUGGUCUUCCGCCGCCACCACCGCCUCCUCCUCAACCUGGCCAACCGCCAAUGAAUCAACAAAGUUACGGUAUGCAAGGAGUUGGACAAAGUAAACCAGGAAAUAAAAUGCCAAAAUCGGUAAACCUAAUGCAACAACAGAUGCCACCAAAUCUUGGACCUGAAGUUCCGCAAAGUUCUGGAGUACCUCCUAAUGGUAAUGCACAACAUUCUGGUCCACCAUCUAAUAAACGUAAAAAUAAUCAAAAUCCAAGUAAUCAAUUACAAUCAGGUAGUCGACCUCCAAUGAGGCAACCUUCAGUCAGUGGUGGUAGUACUGGUCUAAGUGAUAUGGAUCCUGAUAGUGUACCUGCUCAGCUUAAAAAAGAAGGAACUGAUUGGUUCGCAAUCGUUGUUUGUUGUGUUAAAUUCAAUUCGGACGGCAGCUUACUUGCAACUGGUUGUAAUCGAAGUGCACAAAUUUAUAAUGUUAAAACUGGUCAAAAGAUGUACGUUCUUGAUGAUCCUAAUGUUGAUAAAACUGGUGAUUUGUAUAUUCGAAGUGUAUGUUUUAGUCCUGACGGUAAUUAUUUAGCUACAGGUGCCGAAGAUAAACAAAUCAGAAUUUGGGAUAUUCAAAAACAAGCCAUCAGAAACAUUUUUUCAGGACAUGAGCAAGACAUAUAUUCACUUGAUUUUUCACGGGAUGGACGUACAAUCGUGUCAGGUUCAGGUGAUAGAACAGCAAGGAUUUGGGAUAUGGUAUCUGGCGAAUUGGUGAAUAAACUUUCGAUUGACGAGCCUAGUACAAAAGAUGCCGGAGUAACAAGUGUGGCUAUUAGCCCUGAUGGUUCAUUUGUUGCAGCCGGUUCACUGGACAAAAUAGUGAGGGUUUGGGAUUCAAGAACUGGUUAUCUACUCGAAAGAUUGGAAGGUCAUAAAGACAGUGUUUACUCGGUUGCAUUUUCUCCAGAUGGUAAAACUUUAGUUUCAGGAAGUUUGGAUAAAACUUUAAGAUUAUGGGAUAUGGCUUACAUAGGUAGAACAAAUAACUCUGGUCAAAAGAAUCAAUCUAAAUUAACAUUUAGUGGUCACAAGGAUUUUGUAUUAUCGGUUGCUGUUUCACCUGAUGCUAGAUGGGUUGUUUCGGGUUCAAAAGAUCGUAGUGUACAAUUUUGGGAUCCUAUUACAGCACAAACACAAUUUAUGUUACAAGGUUCUGGUGAUUGUAGAGCAAGAUUAUGGCUAUAUGAUGACAUGUAG